UUUCUUCAGUGUCCAAAAGCAGAUAAUUAAUUUUCUUCAAAGUGCAUUUAAUAAAUUCUAAAUAAUUUGGUUCGUUUAGAAAGUGUUUCAUAAUGUACAUAUUGGUACUGGUAUACGCUGCGUUAGCGUUGUCUUUAAGUGCGACAACAAUGGGAGCGCGUACUGUACAAGAUUAUCUAGGACAAAAAGACAUUAACCGUUUGCAACGAGUAUUUUCUGAAGGCUUAAAAUCGAAUGACUUGCAGGCCAUUUACUACUCUUCCUUAAAUCUUAAGGACUUGGAUAUCAAAGAAUCAGCGGAUUUAUGUUCCAAACUGCAGAAACUUUACGAAGAUUCUAAAUUAAAUGCUUAUGAAAAAGACUUUUAUCUAAUUGGAGCAAGAAAGAAUUUACUUUGCAAAGAAAAAUUGCCUGAAGCAUUUUUAGGGAAAAUUUAUUCAUCGUUUAAGGCAAACCCUAGUUCUUCCCAAGAGAUUUUUUAUAGAGUCCUCAGCCAUAAGCUUUUGGGGGUACAAAUUGAAGAACAAAAUACCGCAUCCAUUUUAAAAAUACUUCAAGAUUUGUUAAAGAAAGAUGAUUCUAUAGUUAGUCUUGGGUAUGCAUUUCAUAUUGCCAGCGAAUUGGGUGGUGGUGCAGCAUUUGUGGCAGAUCGUGUUGAAGACGCAAUUGUUCAAGGUGAUGAAGUUGAUGGAAAGAUGUUACAAUUUGAGGGAGGUCUUAGCAUAACUGCUUUGGUUGUGACUGGAAUAUUCCGAGUGACAAAUAUUUUCAAAAAACCAAUACCCCUUGAUUCAGAGCAAGCAGUCAAAUUUGCUACCUAUUUCCUUAAUCGCCGUUCCGUACAAUCAGCUAAAGGUGCUCAUGUCCUAAUUGAAGCAUUGAAGACAUUAAAUAGUGCUGGGAAAAGUACCCCAGUCUGUAUUCAACUGAUUGGAAAUGGACAGUUAGAUUCUGAUGAUCCAGUACUGAAUGUGGCCGUUCUGGAUUUGUUGGGAAAUCCUAUAAUACCUCCACCACAAAACAUAUACGGAAAAAUACUUUUAAAAAAAGACAACAGUGUUCUUGCUGAAAAAGUUCAAUUAACACCAAAAUCUUCAGACAAAAGUAUAUUUGCAGCCCAACUAUCUAACUAUAAACCAACUCGCGGUAUAUAUUCCGUAGUUAUCAAUGUGGACAAUACGUUCACACAAACAAUGUUUUUCAAAGUUCUUGGCCGUGUAAAAGUACACUCUUUGGAAAUUGGUGUGGCUGAAGCCGACACAAGUUCGUCUGUUAAGAAACAAAGUGUUACGUAUCCUCAAACUCUACCUGAAACUUUAAAGGCCGAUAAUACUCAAAAAAUACUACUUAAAACAGUUCUCACUGAUGAAAGCACAACGAAGGUAAUAACAGUUCAUCAAGCCUUCGUUCUUAUGUUUAAUGUGGAAACGGAAGAAGAAAUAAUUUUCGUUGCCGAACAAGACAGUAAUAAAGCUUACAAAUUUGAUAUGGAUGUAGGAUCGCACGGAGCUGAUUUUAAAUACAAAUCUGGAAAUUAUGAACUCCAUUUAAUCAUAGGGGAUUCAUCAAUUUCGAACUCGUUCAAUUGGCAUGUGGCGAACGUUGAAUUGAAAUUUCCCCAAGAAACAGAAACAUCAAUGAAGCUGCCAAUCCGUAAUACGCUUCCAGAGAUAGAGCAUAUGUUUCGUCCUCCUGAAAAACGACCUCCGCGUUUUGUUUCUGAUGUUUUUACCGGUCUGUGCUUAACUCCGCUGGUAUUAUUACUAAUUUUUUGGGGAAAAUUGGGCAUGAACUUGUCUAAUUUUACUUUCGAGCUCAGCACGUUAGGAUUUCAUUCCGGGUUUGGUGGCAUACUUGCACUAUUUGCAGUUUUUUGGGUAAAUUUGAAUAUGUUCCAAACUCUACGUUUGCUUAUCCCCAUCGCAGUAUUCACUUUUAUUUGCGGCAACCGUCUUUUACGACGUAUAUACGCACAAAGAUUAGGAAAGCCAACAUCAUCUUCAUCGAGUAAUGCUUCCACCUAAAAUCUACACUUAAUUUCAAACUAAAGAUAUAUAAUAUUUGCACAACGGAAGGCGUAUUGUAUACGUUCCGUUUUACUGUCAUGUUUUUCGCAUAUACAUAUGUAAUUUUUAUUUGAGGAAAACUAAAUAAAGAAAGAAUCACAAAAAUGUU